AAUGACAUGUUUGUGUCAUGUGAUAACUGAUGCCUAGACGUCUUCGCUUGUGUUUUGUACGGAAGAUCGGUGGAUACAGUGACAGCAUCGGCAACCGACAUGGAUUUUUACACCGCUAACUGGUAUCCUUUAGGGAAUGUUUAUUACAGGAAAUUUGAUUUUUACCGAAUGGAAUGGAACUUUAAAGAAGAUCUUAAAGAUUGCCUGGUGGCUGUUGGGCCAUAUGGAGGAUCAAUAGCAUUAAUGAAGAACUAUUUGACAAAGGAGAAGUCUAGCGUCUCACGACCCAUUUUGGAGGUUUAUUCUGCUUCUGGCAUGCUUUUAUCUUCUAUUCCAUGGAAAAGUGGACAAGUGGUUCAUUUAGGAUGGACAGUCACUGAGGACCUUAUCUGCAUCCAGGAAGAUGGAACUGUGUUAAUAUAUGACAUCUUUUGUAUAUUUAAACGUCAUUUCAGCAUGGGGAGUGAAUUAAAGCAGAACCAGGUUCUGGAAGCAAAGAUUUUUCACUCUGAAUAUAGAACUGGUGUUGCCGUAUUAACUGGUGCAUUAAAAUUUACACUUGCAUCAAACCUUGAUGACUUCAAACUACGCAGAAUGCCAGAAAUCCCAGGUCCCAAAAUUCCACCUUCGUGUUGGACUGUUCUUUUUCAGGAUAGAACAGCUCUAGUUUUAGUUGCUGUUGGCAAAGACUUGUACCUCCUAGACACUACAUCUUGCUCUCCAUUGACCCUUCCUGGAAUGAGCCCCAUGGCGGGAGCCUAUCUGCAGAUGUCAGUGUCUUUUCAUUAUAAAUACAUUGCACUCUUCACAGACACUGGGUAUAUGUGGAUGGGUAAAUCUUCACUAAAGGAGAAACUAGGUGAUUUUACUUCAGAUAUUCGGAUAGUUCCAAAACAAAUGGCCUGGUGCACACGGCCACGCAGUAAGCAGAUUGCAGUUGCUAUAAUGUGGGACAGACUACUACUUGUGGCUGGGAACGCAAAAGAAGGCAUUCAAUUCCAUUUGGAUGAGGACUCUUUUAUGGUGUCAGAACUUGAUGGAGUCAGAAUUUUCUCUCAAUCCACACAUGAAUUUCUACACGAAAUUCCAAAGGCAACUGAAGAGAUUUUUAAGAUUGCGUCUAUGGCCCCUGGAGCCUUGCUGCUGGUGGCACAGAAAGAAUAUGAGAAAGAAAGCCAGAAAGCUGAUGACUAUCUCCGUGAGAUAAAGGAUCAGAACCUACUUUCCAUUGCAGUGGAGAAAUGCAUAGAGGCAGCAGGUUAUGAGCAUGCACCAGAGAUGCAGAAAUCAUUGCUAAGGGCUGCUUCUUUUGGAAAAUGUUUUCUUGACAAAUAUUCUCCUUCAGACUUUGUAAAGAUGUGUCAUGAUCUUCGUGUCCUGAACGCUAUUCAUGAUUACCAAAUUGGAAUCCCAUUAAGUAUCACCCAAUACAAACAACUCACCAUUAAAGUUCUUUUGGAUAGGUUAGUUUUAAGAAGGCUUUAUCCUCUUGCUGUUAAAAUCUGCGAGUACCUAAAGCUGUCAGACAUUCAAGGUGUGAGCCGGAUUUUAGCUCAUUGGGCUUGUUACAAGGUUCAACAGAAAGAAAAAUCAGAUGAAGAAGUAGCUCAGGCCAUUAACCAAAAGCUUGGUGACACUCCUGGAAUUUCCUAUUCAGAAAUAGCUGCUAAAGCCUGUGAUUGUGGGAGAACAGAGUUGGCAAUAAAACUCUUAGAAUAUGAGCCAAAGUCAGAGGACCAAGUGCCUUUGCUGCUAAAGAUGAAGAGAAGCAAUCUUGCCCUCAGCAAAGCUAUUGACAGUGGAGAUACUGAUCUUGUGUAUACUGUGGUUUCCUAUAUGAAACACGAAUAUAAUCGGGGAGACUUCUUCAUGACGUUACAGAGUCAUCCUGUAGCAUUGAGCCUGUAUCGCCAGUAUUGCAAACAUCAAGAACCUGAGACUCUGAAAGAUCUGUACAACCAAGAUGACAAUCACCAGGAACUUGGGAACUUUCAUGUUCGCUCCAGUUAUUCUACAGAAAAGAGUGUUGAAGGCAGAGUUGCUGAGCUGCAGAAUGCUGUAGAUGAAUACAGCAAAUCCAAAAACGAGCUGGCUGCUAAGGCUACAGAGGAUCAGAUUAAAUUACUAAGAGCACAGCGCGUAUUGCAAGACAAAUUGGAUAAACCUUAUCUAGAUUACUCCUUGCAUGAUACGGUUUACAACCUACUACUUGAUGGAAUGCAUAAGAGGGCAGAGCAGCUUUAUAAAGAGUUUAAAAUUCCAGAGAAAAGGUACUGGUGGCUAAAGAUUUCGGCUUUGGCAGAAAAAGAAGACUGGGAGGAGUUGGAAAAAAUUUCUAAAAGUAAAAAAUCUGCAAUUGGCUACUUGCCAUUUGUUGAGAUCUGCAUGAAACAUCAAAAUAAAUUUGAAGCAAAAAAGUACAUUGCACGUGUGAGCCCUGAGCAGAGGGUAAAAGCCUUGCUUUUAAUUGGAGAUCUGGACCAAGCUGCAGAAGCUGCAAUUGAGCAUAAAAAUGAGAAUGAAAUGAAUAUGGUGCUGUCGAAAUGCACAGCAACUGAUACAUCGACAACAGAGAAGCUAUACCGAGCUAAAGCAGUGAUUUUGAAGAAAUAAAAAUCCAUUGUCAUUAUUUGUAUAGUUUUAUGUUACCGCUGGUUAAAUGUAUAAUACUUAAAAAAAAUGUAUUUAUCUGGUGCCACACAAUAAAAUGCUUAGCUUAUUAA